AAGGCUGUUAUAUUUCCCGAGACCGAAGGCCUCGAAAACAAGUAAUCCAGGCCAGAUGGCGUAUACCUGUCGAUUCAUAUGUAGCAUAAACAAUUUUGGAACGGAUGAGUAACAUUGGUAAUUUAUUGGAAAUUGGUAGGCGAGUCGUUUCUUGCACUUAAUUACAGUGUGCUUCAGGAUUAUUUCAAGUUGUUGAAGUCGACGGACGAAGGUCAAUUUAGUUAAUAUCAAUGUGUUGCACAGUUUUCAGUCGACCAUAAGCGGAAUACUGCGUGUCAGGAAAGUGGGACGAGAGGAGUAUGGGGCCCAACUCCCAAACUCUACACCCAAACCAAGAGAUAUGAUCCUGAUCAAAUUCUUAUGUCCAAAACUAUCAGCGCCGCUGCAUUUUUGCCUUCCCCACUUGAUCGUCUUUCUUCGCCCAAAAAACAACUCAUAAGAGUGCAUUUAGACAUCUAAGUUUUAAUACAGUUUCGGCCUAAAGAAUUGAAAGUGAUAGUUUUCUCUGAUCGGACAGUCGAAUAUUGUUUUGCAUUUCAUUUUCCAGUGUGUUUCGGUAUUUUGAUUUAUUAGUUUAUCUUAUAACUAUAGAACUUGUCUUUUGCUUCCUAUGCAUUUUCAGAGACGUCUUUUCACAAAUUACUAGCGCGGCGUGCAGCACUUGAGAUGCUUUUUGACAAUUCCUUAGCCUACUAUCAGGCGCCUAUCGUAGAGUAUUAAAGAAAGGGAAAAAAUCAAAACUUCAUUUAUUAAAUAUGAUCAUGUUUUCAGGUGGUAGAUAUUCAAGUGCCACAUUAAAAACAUUAGCUGGUUCUUAACCAAACGUUUAAUUAUUUUGCUGGUACAAAGAUAGCAAAGAUGAUAUUUUUUGCCACAAUUCAAUAUAGAGGACGUCUAAUAAUUCUCACACCGGUUUAAAAAGUGCAGGUGGAGGUUGUUUAAAUGUUCUGGAAAGGUUUUUCGUUCUUCUUCCCGAAGAACUCGUAAAAUAUCUGAACAGCGCUACAAGCCUUUGAGUCCUCUGAUUUCAAUGCAAGACUACAUGGAGUAGAUCGACGAGCAGGGUCAUGAGCCGAGGAAAGCUAUACAACGUUUUCCAGGAUCGCUCAACUUUUAAAAACGCUGUCUUCGUGUUUGUGAUUGUUUCACUUGAGCAGGUAGUAAGUCGUUUGGGAAUCACUUGUGAAAACGCAACGUUGUGGCUGAUUGUUCCACCGUGCGUUAUAUUUGUCGUGAGCUGCUAGAAAUCUAAAAACGUCACACUACUUUUGAACUGCAACACUUCAAAGAACUGCUCUUUAGGACUGGAAUUUGCGGCGCAGAGUUAUGUCGCCUUGAUGUAUAUGACUUUACCCGCUCUCACCUGGAUUGUAACCGCGUUCCUUGACACUAAAAUCUGGGUUUGUCACCGAAUGGGACCUGAGGACUGUGGAGUUUUCUUGAAUUGCACCCUUGACGAAAAGCACCGAAGGGAUGAAGAGAAAAGAACUUUAAAAGCAGAAUCUCAGAACAUUGCGCUUCUAAUUCUCACAGGUUCAGUGAUGUGCACAGCCCUCUUAAGCUGGGGCUAUCAUCUCCUGUUUGCUAGACCAGAGAAGGAGCAUGAGCUGGAAGAUCUCGCGCGAGAUGCUGCCAGGACAGUGCUGGAAAAUUACGCAACCGAACGCGCUAGUCUAAAACUGCAAGAAAUAAGAGCUAUGGUUAUGGCUGAGACAAAAGACAAAGUGGUCGAGGCUGAACUUACUGAAACCAGAGUGCAGAAAGCUGAAGAGGAAAGUGUUUCGUGUCCAGGAAGAGAAAACUCUCUUAGUUACCAGCUGGAAUCUAAGUGGUUUGAGCAAUUAGACAGGAAUAUUGUGAUUCAUCUUGAAGAUCACCUUAUAACUGACAAUGUUAAACUUAUUUAUCCGGAACUGUAAUACCAUGCAAUGCUU